AAUUGAAUUAAAAUUUAUUGCAGAGAGGAGUAGUAGAAGUUGCGAAGCCAAUCAUUGAAGAAGCGAUCGCCACAAAGCUAGACAUCAAAUUACGCGGCUCCUCGACCAUCGGCGUGGCCGAUUUCGGUUGCUCAACAGGGCACAACUCAUUUCCAGCCAUGCAAAUAAUCACACAAUCAAUCAAGCAAAAGCUACACCGUCUCGACGAAACAAUUACCCCGGAAUUCUACGUAUACUUCAACGACCUUUACAGCAACGAUUUCAACACCCUCUUCGGUUCACUGCCGCCACCGGAUCAGCGGCAUUACCGUGCAGCCGCAGUGGCGGGAGACUUCCAUCGCCGCCUCCUGCCGGAGUCGUCCCUUCACUUUGCGUACUCUAGUUGGUCGCUCCAUUGGCUGACCGGUGUCCCGAAAGGCGUGGAUGAAAGAGAUUCUCCGGCUUGGAACAAAGGGGAAAUUCUCUACACAACCGAAAGAAAGGAAGUAUGUGAAGCUUAUUUGAAACAGUAUGAAAUGGAUAUUGAGUCAUUCUUGAAAGCAAGGGCAGUAGAAGUUGUGGGGGGAGGGCUUAUGGCCAUUGUAAUAGCUGGAGUACCUGAUUUUUGGGAUCCUCAAACAGAGUACACUAUUCCUUCUGAUGUAAACCUUUUGGGAUCUUGUCUCAUGGACAUGGCUACAAUGGGAAGAUUCAGUGAAACAAAAGUGGACACAUUCAACCUGCCAUACUACUUCAGCACCCGAAAACAGUUGAAGUCAAUAUUGGAGAGGAGUGAUAGUUUCACCAUUGAAAGGAUGGAUAUACUAAACAACCCUGGAAAGCACACCUUGCCCACCGUUAAAGCUCGUGCAUCAUUCUUCAGGGCUGUCCAUGAAAGAUUGCUCACAGAUCAUUUCGGAAAUGAAAUCAUCGACGAAUUGUUCUACCUAUAUAUGAAGAAACUUGAAUCUUCGCCCGUUUUCUUGAACCCUUAUAAUGACAAAUCCAUUGUGAUUUUAGCUGUUCUCAAGCGUAAAGCCGGUUAG